AUGAAAAUAGCUGUUAUAGGUCUUGGUGGAACCGGUAGUGCGGCACUUCGUUUUCUUGCUCAGUCCGGUCAUAAUGCCGUAGGUUAUGAACAGUUUCAUAUCGGCCAUGCGCAUGGCAGUUCACAUGGAGAAUCACGAAUCAUUCGUUACACCUAUCCAGAUGUUUUAUAUACUCAAAUGAUGAGUGAUUCAUAUAAACUAUGGUUCGAUUUGGAGAAAGAAGCGGAAGAAGAAUUAUUUAUUCGAUGUGGCGGUCUCUAUUUUGGUGAUAAAAAUGAUCGAGAUGUUUUAGCUACUGAACAAGCAUUAAUCGACUCGAAUUUACCCUAUGAACGAUUAAAUGCUGAACAAGUCAAAGAAAAACAUCCUGCGUUUCAUUUAUAUCCACAUGAAAUAGCUAUUUUUCAAAAAGAUAGCGGCUUUCUACGUGCAACACGAUGUGUAGAAGCAAAUGUUCGUUUAGCUAAAAAAUAUGGUGCAAUAGUUCACGAGAAUACAAAAGUUCAAGAAGUUUAUACAAGAGAUAAUAAAACUUUUGUACGAUCAAAUUCAGGUGAAGAAGAAUAUGAUCGUGUUAUUGUAACUGCAGGUCCAUGGAUGAGUUCAUUAUUUAAAUCUCUAGAUUUACCAUUAGUUACAACACGUCAACAGAUUGUCUAUCUUAAUAUAAAUGAUCAUAAUGAAUAUUUUCAAGCUAAUGGAACUUUUCCUGUAUGGAUCGAUUCAACAGAUAAUCUGUAUGGUUUUCCAAAUGAUGGCCAGAUUACUGGUAUUAAAUUAGCGUAUCAUCAUUGUGGCGAAGUAAUAUCGGAUUUAGGUGCUGAACGAGCUCCCGUUGAUGAAAGUUAUAUAGAAGAGAUUCGUGGUUAUGCUAAAAAACGCUUUCCAAAUCUAGGUUCCGAUGUAACCUAUAGUCAAACAUGCGUUUAUACAAAUACGCCAAAUGCAGAUUUUAUAAUUGAUCGUGUACCCAAUCAAUCCAAUGUAUUUUUAGUUAGUGGCUGUUCGGGACAUGGCUUUAAGUUUACAGUUUUAUUGGGAAAAAUCAUUUCCAUGAUGGCAACAGAUGAUAAUGGAUAUAAAAGAGAUUUAAGUCGUUUUAAAAUUAGUAACUUUUUAUAA